CCCCAACCGGUCGCGGGGGACAAGCCGAGCGGACCGCCUGCCCAGGACCCGACCCCGCAGGGCUUUGGGGCCGCACCCCAGGGGUCGGCGCGGGGCGCGCCUCAAGAGUUGACGGUGCCGACCCCCGACCCUCUACCUGCAUCGCGCGAGCAGAGGAGUAGCGGCAAGCGGCCGCUGCUAGAUGUCUCGGGGCCGGCGUUGAGCUUGGAGGCAAAGCACGCCCGUCGCCCUCGCGCUGAGGGGGUCGCCACCCCUCGGGACUUUGUCCCGCCGUUGGCGCCAAAGAAGGUGCUACGGGUGUCGUCCACCUCCACGGGGCGAGCCGCGACCCCGUCGGCGGCGAGCGGCGGUGUCGCCAGGGAGACCACAGGGCCUACUGUGGAGGCAGCUUCUGUGGCGGCGACCGGAGGAAGGGUGUCGCAGUCGGGCAUGGGGCAGGGUCCAACCCCUGCUCCACCUUCUGCCUCCGCGGCCAACCCUGCGGGACAAGGUGUUGCCCUUGGGGUUCCUCCGGCUGGUGAGGUGAUAGACCUCGACGACGAGGCGGAGGAGGAGCCUGCGGGGGAGGCAUCGGCCGCAGAGGGGGAUCCGACGGCGAUGGCGGAGAUGGCGGCGGCGGAGAUGGGGGCAAUUGCCCCAGUGGCCGCGACGGAGAUGGUGGCUGCGGCGGAGGAGGGAAAGUCUGCCCCCACGGCCGCGACGGGGACAGCGGCGGCGGUGGAGGCGGGGACACCUAUCCUAGGGGCUGCGACGAAGACGGCGGCAAUGGCGGAGGUGGGGACGCCUGCCCUAGCGGCCGCGACAGAGGCCGCGGCGGUGGCGGGAACGGGAACGCCCGCUCCGGUAGUCGUGACGGAGAUGGUGGCGGCGGUGGAGAGAGCGGGACGCGCGUCGGCGUCGACGACGGCCGCGGCGACUUCGACAGAGACAAUGGCGCAUGUGCUGGGGUCGUCGACGAGGCCGGCGGCGUUGGGGACGGCGGUGCUGGGGUCGUCCAGAGCGGCUUCCACCCUUGUCCCGGUUAAUCCCGUCCCCAAGGCGUGGGCUGGGCCUAUCCUGUGUUGGAGGCCUCGUGAGGACCCGCAGAGGCCCCUCUUCGUGCUGGAUGAUGCUGAGGAGUGGGGUCAGUGGCAGGUGGUGCAGGGGGGCUUGCAAAUGUCCGUGCUGCCCUGUCUUCCACGAUGGGGGAGCUGGACGGCGUCGUUGUCCCCAGUGGCCAGGUACGCAUAA